AUGGCUUUUGGGGACGAGUUCAUCCGCAUGAUUCAGCCGUUUGUCUAUCAGCGUUACUUAGAUGGCGUGACUCUCACUGAGAUUAAGGUACGCGCAAUCUUUAAGAGAUCACAGCGACUUCGAUUCAGUCCCGAAGAUGGGCUUGACAUCGCCGUUCUACUCUCCGAAGAGGAUCCACAACAGCUGGAGGCUUUCUUGAGCAGGUUCCGUUUUGAAAUGUAA